AUGGAAUCCACACAGUACGACGAAAAUAUCACCUAUGAUCUCGGCAACUUAGCAGCAUACGAUAUUUCAUCACUUGAUUAUUCAUCACUUUAUGAUGUGACCAGCAAAAAUUCAUCGAGGCUCCUAGCAAAGCUUUUCUCAUUAGAAAAAGAAGAAGAUGAGCUCUCAGUCCUCAUCAAACUUCCACAACCUUUGAUGGUUUUACCCAGGGAAAAAGACCCUCCCAAGCCAAAACCAUUGAAUAAAUGGGAAAAAUUUAGACUCAGCAAAGGGCUGGGAAGAAGGCUUAAGAGAUCAAGAAUGGUCUAUGAGCCAUCUGUUGAUGACUAUUUGCCACGAUGGGGACCUUAUUCAGUUAAAAGACUUCAUGACAAGCAGACUGCUAUCAUUGAAGAAAACGAGGAAGGAAAUGCAAGAGAAAAACGAGGCGAAGAAAAAUCAUUAAAAAAGCUAUACUAUAUUAUGAUAAAUUAUAGCUAGAAUUAUGUUUUGAAUAAUGAUGCAAAAUGCCUAUCAAAAAUUAAUUCAGCAUAGCUCAGCAUAAAACAAAAAGAAAAUGAACUGAAAAAUAAAUUAAGCAAUGCUAUGGAAGGCAAGAAAGGGAAAAAAGAUAUUGAUGCAGCAUUAGAUGUUGCGAAAUCUUCGACUGUUAAGCAUGAAAAACAAGCUAAGAAGAGAACGAUCCCAAGAAAAGACAAAAAUACAAGAGAAGAAAAACAAAAUAAUUUGGCACUUUUGGAUCAAGUUAUAAAGAAAGCUAAAAUUUCCACAUAA